AUGCCGAUGAUGUCAGCUGAUGAAUCUCACAGGGCUUCUGCAGCUGCAAAGAAACCAGCUGCGGCUCCGACUUUUUCCCCGUUCCCGCCAUGUCCGGCGAGAGGCGCCACGGCGAGCGCCAUGGCAAAGAGCAACAUGCCGUCUUCCAGCGCAGCUUCGGGGGUGGCGGCUGCCGCGGCUCCGUCGAAGGAGACGUCCAGUAAGGCGAUGGAUCUUGACCCCACGACCGCGUCGCUGGAGUGCGUGCUGCAGAUAGGCCAGCCGACCUUUUCUACGCAGCUAGACUUCAUCAAGGUAAACCGCGCUGUGGCCUCGCUGGAGCGUGCAGUGGAGCGGCUGGAGCUGCUCAGCCUUCUAGAUGCAACGGGCCCCACCCCCUCCACGGAAGGAAACCACAAAAAUGCGAAUGGUGCGGUAACUGCGUCAAAUGCGACAGCUGUGACCUCCGCGACGACAGCUAUCUUUCACCCACACAACUCAUCGCGCGGACCAGCCGUGCUGACUGGCAUCAGCCACGACGCGAGCGUUGCAACUGCGCAGAAGGUGGCGGAGGUGCUUGCAGCCACUCAGCAGCAGCGUGGCUGCGGACGUGCGUCGGUGCUCAAGUUGCUUGCGGAGCAGCGAGUGCUGGAGCGCCGCUACGGAGAGCUGCUAACCCAGGCUCAACCAACUGUGUCCCUCUACCCUGGCGAACCGCAGCUGCGUUCCAAGUGCUUUGCCCAAGCCGGCGACCCGGCGCAGGCAACUCUGCAACGGGAGCUUGCGUUGGUGUCUAAUCGACUUCGAGAAACGAAUCGUCUCUUGUGUACACAGCUUCAGGACAACCCUCAGGACAGGGAUAACUGGGCAAAGGUGUGCAAUGAACGACAGGAGCUCAUAGCAUUGCUGAGAGAGGUGACUGAAGAGCUGACAGUAGGAUACAAGGAAGCUUUUCAGCAACGGCAAGGUCGACAGCAGCAGCAGCAGGCAAACGUCGUCCUCGAUGGUGGUCUUAAACGAAGCAGCACCCCUGGCGGUAUUAUGGAGGGCGUGCGCUUCAGCUGUGCAACAUCCAACGGGGACUUUCUCGGCCUCAACAGCAAUGGCACCAGUGCCCCUGGACUCGCCCGCAACGACAGUAGGCAGUCUUCCACGAUUGGUGGUGGACCCAUCUCCACUGAGAGCGGGUCGCGGACCUCACCCUUUCACAAAUGUUUUGGCGGCACUUUGCAGCGGCAUCGCACGUCGCGAACGACUCAGCAAGGGCCGCGCAUUCCGCUCACUUCCUCUUACCAGCAGUUCGCCGUGAAGAUUCUACAAGAAGAGGCGUCCCAGCGCUGGGCUGAUGACAUGCUAGCCAAGGAGCGCGCGCUAAACCAAAAUGUGAAGCAGCUGCAGGCGGACCUUGAGCGUGAGCGUGAGCUGAAGGACAAGGAAGUUGCAGAGCGCCUUGCCCACAUCUCGACAUUGAAGCUGGAGCUACGCAAGCUGAAAGCCUCCUUGCAGCAGCGCAGUGAGGCAGCCAAGGCCCGCGGCGAGGCGGCCACGGAAAACCUUCAGCGCGAGGGCGCCGCCGAGGUGCGGGGGGUUCGUCAAGCGACUCAGCACAAUGAGCAGCUGCUCGCCAUUAGUGCUACGGCACACGAUACAUUUAGCUCGUAUCUGCGCGAGCGAACUGCCGCAAUGGACACGUUGGCUAGUGAGUGGGAAGCCAAGACGCUGCGUGAGCUCAAGAAGAAGGAAGCGGCAAAGAUUGAUGCGGAGGGGAGUCGCCAGGCGUGUGCGCAACGUCUCACGGACCUCCAGCACGAGCGAGACGUUCAACAGGAGCUCAAGGAGCAGCGGGACUCCGCGCAAAGGGCUGAGGAGGACGAUCGAAGGCGAUCUGAGGAGCAGCGAGACGCCGAGUACGCAGCAGCGUCCGUGCUGGAGGCCGCUCUCAAGGCGAUGAUGACGCGACAGGCACUUAGCAAGCUGCAGAAGGGCUCCAAAAAAAAGAAGAAGGCGGCAGGUUAA